AUUCAACCGAACAGUUCAAAGAAGGAAGAAUUCUAGACGUUGAUGAGAGCUAGAGCGGCAACCAUGCAAGAGGCUUUAGGAUGUCAUUUCACGUGGACUAAGAAGAGAAAUGGUAGAACAGUGAUGAGGGAAAGACUUAAUAGAGCUGUCCUGAACCUUAGCACAAUGGAAGAGUUUUCUACGGCUAAGCUAAUUAAUCUCCCAAGACUUUGUAGUGAUCAUCAUCCAAUCUUGUUAAAUAUACAACCUAAUUCUGCAGUGAGGCGUCCACGAGGACCUCCACGGUUCGAAGUAGCGUGGUUAACAAGAGAGGAUUUUGGUGCAGUGUUUGAAAACGCUUGGAAAUCACAUAAUGUAACUUUGGCACGAGCUAUUGAAGAGACGAGUAAGGCAUGUUUUGCAUGGGGUAAGGAGAGUUUUGGAGAUAUCUUCAAACAGAAAAGAUUACUUGUAGCUAGACUAACUGGUAUCCAAAAUUCUAGUGAUUAUCAGUAUUCAGUCUUCCUGCAAAAGCUAGAGGGAGAGUUGCUUACAGAAUACCAUAGGAUUCUUCACGCGGAAGAACUAUUUUGGUGUCAGAAGUCUAGGGUAGAGUGGAUCAAUUCAGGGGAUAGGAAUACUUCUUUCUAUCAUACAUCUACAAUUGUUCAAAGAAACCGAAACAGGAUUACAACCUUGAAGAUUGACGACAAUUGGGUGGAUGAUGAUAUGCAACUUCGAUCUCAUGUUCGAUCCUUUUUCCAAGAGCUCUUUGUGGCAAAGCAAACAAAUAUAAUGCUUAACUCCUAUCUCAAUUUCCAGCCGCAAAUGGAAGACAGUGCACACGAAUCGCUUUUGAAACCAGCCAGUUUGGAUGAAGUAAAGCAAGCUCUAUUUUCUAUGAAAGGGUUAAAAAGCCCUGGACCAGAUGGGUUGCAAGCCAUUUUUUUCCAAAAAUAUUGGACCACUGUAUCAGGAACUCUCCUACAUUUUGUCAAUUCAGCUCUAAUUAAUGGAUCCUUUGAGCCUUCCCUUUUACAGGCACAUGUUGCAUUAAUCCCAAAAGGUGACGCUCCAGAUGUUAUUCAGAAAUUCAGGCCAAUCACUUUGCUUAAUGUGGCUUAUAAGGUUUUAUCUAAAGUUUUAGUGAACAGGUUAAGGCCUUAUUUACAAGAGCUCAUAGGGCCUUUUCAGAGCAGUUUUCUUGCUGGCCGUAGUACCAUAGAUAAUAUAGUUCUCACCCAAGAGGCAGUGCAUAGCAUAAGGCAUAGGAAAGGGAAGAAAGGUGCCAUUAUUUUAAAGAUAGAUCUUCACAAAGCUUUUGAUAGUGUUAGUUGGGGUUUCCUAGAGAAAGUUCUACUGGACUUCAAUAUUCCUCCAACACUAGUAAAGCUCAUAAUGUUUUGUGUUAAUUCUGUGAAGCUCUCUGUGUUAUGGAAUGGAGAACCACUGCCUUAUUUUGAGCCACAAAGAGGUCUAAGACAAGGAGAUCCUUUAUCUCCUUAUCUCUUCAUUAUGGUUAUGGAAAAGUUAUCCCGUAUGAUUUUAAACAGAAUACACUCAAAGACUUGGAAGCCAAUACAACUAAGCAGAGGAGGUCUUGCUCUAUCUCAUUUAUUCUUUGCUGAUGAUUUAAUGCUUUUUUGUGAAGCUUCACAUUCUCAGCUAUCAAUGGUGAUAAAUUGUCUGAAGGAGUUUGCAAGUUAUUCAGGUCUUGAAAUUAAUUUGGCAAAAUCAAAGCUUUUUGUUUCACCAAAUAUUCAGUCUGCGAUGGCUCGAUCUUUAAGCAUUUCAUGUGGUAUUCCACUCACGUCAAACUUGGGCACCUAUCUGGGGGUUCCAAUAAUUCAUGGUAGGAAUUCCGCAGCACAAUACAAGUAUAUAAUUGAAAAAAUGCAGUUAAAAUUAGCCAGUUGGAAACAAAAUACAUUAAGUUUAGCAGGAAGAAGGAUUCUAAUCCAGUCUGUAACUUCAUCUAUUCCUGCAUACACUAUGCAAACUGUCUUAUUGCCUCAUAGCACAUGUGAUGCAAUAGACAAAAUGAACAGGAACUUUCUUUGGGGCACAAAGACUGGGAACUCACGGCCCCACCUUGUUAGCUGGGAGGUGGUUUGUAGAAGUAAGGAUCAAGGAGGCCUUGGAUUGCGAGCAGCAAGGGAUAACAACCGCGCAUUGGUCGCAAAACUGGGUUGGAGAGUUCUGGUAGGGGAUGAAGCCCCUUGGUGUCAAGUCAUGAGGCAAAAAUACUUCCGCACAAGUACUUUCCUUUCUGCAGAAGCUAGUCCAAGGUCGUCAGUUACCUGGAGGAGCAUUAUUCACUGCAAAGACGUGUUAGAAUUUGGGUUGCAGUGGCGGAUUGGUUUGGGUGAUUCUAUAAAUUUCUGGAAGGAUUAUUGGACUUAUAGUUCACCCUUGUGUAAUUUCAUCACAGCACAAGUGAAUGAAAUUUUGUCCAUUCCAUUGUCUUCAACUGCCAGUGUUAAAGACAAAAUAGUGUGGAAAUAUUCUGAUGAUGGCUUUUUCUCUAUUAAGUCGGCUUUUCACCAGAUUUUACAACAAAAGGCACCAAUUCCACUUCAAGAUCAGAGUUGGCUAUGGGUGUGGAAGCUUAGAUGUUCUGAAAGAGUUAGGAUGUUUCUAUGGCUACUAUUGUGCAAUAGAGUUUUAACUAAUGCUGUUCGUUUUGAACGACAUUUGGCCUCCUCUUUAAUCUGUCCUCGUUGUGGAGGGGAUCCAGAGACACCAUUGCAUCUUUUGAGGGAUUGCCCUUUUGCCACCCAAGUCUGGACUCUACUAGGAUUGGGUGAUAGGGAGUUUUUUCAAUUGCCUUGGCAGCACUGGAUUAAAAUCUCAUCCAGGAAAGUUACUCGAGUACAGCAUGGGGAGAUGUCCUAUGAUCUUUUUUUGUCUAUUAUCUGGCAAUUAUGGAAAUGCAGGAAUCGCUUCAUUUUUAACGGUGAGCAUAUACCAGCAGCUGCACUUUGUGAUAAAAUUUGUGAUUAUGCACAGGACACAUACAAAGCAAUGGUAUGCAAUAUCUUUGUUUCAAUGAGAGAACCAAGAUGGAUAUGUUGGUAUCCACUAGAUCCGCCAUUUUACAAACUAAAUACAGAUGGUUCUCGAAUACAAGACACUGGAUUUGCAAGUGCAGGAAGGGUGUUGCGAGACCAGUCAGGUGUUUUUAUCCAGUGUUAUUCGGUAAACAUUGGUUUAGUUUCCAUUUUCUUAGCUGAAUUAUGGGGCUGUAGAGAAGGACUGAUCUUAUGCAAGAAUAAGGGGCUUAAGCAUGUAGUUGUUGAAAUGGACUCCUUAUCUGCAGUACAGGUUAUAAAUGGCCAGAAGGAGCAAGAUAGUCUUUCAGCGGUUCUUGUGUUUGACAUCAGAAGGCUCAGAUUUGAAUUUGAUUCCAUUAUUAUUCAACACACACCUCGUGAAGCUAAUUCGGCGGCAGACUUUUUGGCUGGAAUUGGGCAUAGUUUGCCAAUUGGAACAACCGUCUUUGAUUCUCCUCCGCCUAGACUGAAUGCUUUUUUAGAAAGGGACAUGUUAGGGUUUCCCUCGUGCACUGCUUCUAGAGUUGAGAGCAGUGCCGGCAGUGGGUUUCUCCUAUUUAACGGGCAAGAAUCUUGCUUUGGUGCAUCUCCUCCGAUGGGAUCUUGGUGGGGGUGGAAUUUGGCGAAUUUGGUUCACAUCAAUUCUCGAUUAGCUAGUCGAUUGUUGAAGAAAAGGGAGGCUGUUGGUAAGGCCGGCUAUGGUUUAUGUGGGAAGCCUGAUUUUCAAGUUAGCAAAGGGGCUCUAGUUCCCUUAAUGAGUUUCGACAGCAUGGGUUUGAAAAGGAUCGGCAGAGAUGAGAACAUGAUUGGAAGUAUAUAGAGGCGACUAGGGGGCCUUGUGCUUGUCAGGAAAAGGCCUAUACCCCUCUUGGUUGUUCUUCUUUAAGAUCAAGUAGGGCGGCAACUUGUGGGUUGGGGAUUGUAUAUUUUUGGAAUCCCUUGCUCUCCCCAAGAAGCUGGUUAAAUAGGUGAGGAUGUCUAGUAGUUU